AUGCACAGGGCACAACAGGAUGUUCUUUAUGAGAUGGCAAGUUUGUGUCAAAACGUGGCCAUUUGGCUCAUGAAGCAUGCUGCUCGAGUUGCUGCAAAAGAAGAUAUUUCAAUGGAUGAAGCAAAAGUGGUUCACAGCUGCAUGAGAAAGGCUGCAAGCAUUUGGAGAAUGAGUGCUGACAAGAUGAUUCCACUUUUGACUGAAAUGUAUCCUCCAGGGAGUGACCUUGAUCCCACUGUGCUUGAUGCUUACAUCAAUCAGUGCACUGCUGAAGCUCAGGAAGUGACCCUGGGACGUGCUGUGGAAAUGAAGCAUAAUGCCUCACUCAUCUCUGCUCUUGCAUAUGAAACUUCUCAGAUGUUCUCUUCUGCUGAGAAAGCUCUGUCUACUCAAGAUAUAUCUUUAUUUGGGAGCUGGAGAUUUUAUCUGAAGCUCAAAACUGCAUUCUAUUUGGCAUUUGCUUACAACUAUGUUGGUGAGAAUUUGUUGACUGUAGACAAGUGUGGAGAAGCCAUCAGAGCCCUACAGGAAGGUCAGAAGUAUUACUCUGAGGCCUUGGAGCUGUGUAAGGAUUAUGGGAAGCAGAAAGGCCCAGGAAAGUCUGCAAAGUUGGAGAGACACAUGUUCUUCCGCAAACUUGGCCCGGUGAUCAAAAGAACCCUGGAAAAAUGUGAAAGGGAGAAUGGAUUGAUAUACCAUGAAAAAGUUCCCUAUGACCCUCCACUCCUUGAAAAGAGAUCAAAUACAUAUGGACUGGUAUGUCCAGAGGAUCUCCCAUUGCCUGGACCCUCUUCACUUUGGACUCCUAUUGUCUACAAGGCCAUUGAUCUCUCCCGUGUUACAUCCACCAGUGAUCCUGCCAACUCUGCAUACAAGAUAAGCUGUAUCAACGACUCCAAUGAGCAAAGGGCAUUAUUGGAUUUCCGCCCCAAGCUCAUCAGGGAGAUGAUUGAAAAGUACAAGGGGAAGGAAAUCCUCUUGCCCAGCCCUGAAGGAGCAUGGUCUGUAUCAGGCAGCAACUUCAAGAGCCGAUUCCUUCCAUCUCGUAGCUCACUGUACAUGAAUGGAGUGCAAGAUUCAGUGGAUUCACAACCUAAUACUCCUGAAGAGAGAUCAGCUGAUUUUAGACAUGGUCUAGAACUCAAGAUGCUGGAAAAGACCAGCCUUCAGCUAUGA